AUGGCUCCAGAGACUGUUAAGCUAAUUUGGUCUGAUGAGGCCAAUUUGUUAGUACGACUAUCAAACUGGCGAGAUGUCAUUGUGCUCUCCACAUAUGGCAAUAUUCUUUGCUCUAGUAAUAAUGAUGAGGGUUACACAUUUAUAGGUGAGGAGUUUGAUUCGAAUGGUGUAUUUAUUCAUAUAGAGAAGCUUGGUUGGAAUUCCAGAAGAAUUCGUUCCAAAAUUGCUAUAAAUGCCUGCCUUGAUACUAUUUGGAAUGUGUUAACUGAUUAUGAGAAAUUGACUGAUUUUAUCCCGGGUCUUGCUGUCAGCAAAUUACUUGACAAGAAACAUAAUUUCGCUCGUCUCUACCAGGUUGGACAACAAAGUUUGCCGUUGGGAUUGAAAUUCACUGCCAAGGCUGUUUUGGAUUGUUUUGAAAAAGAGGUUGCGAUUUUUACUUCUGGAAAAAGGCGAGAUAUUGAGUUUAAGAUGACCGAAGGCGACUUCCAAUUUUUUGAUGGAAAAUGGUCUAUUGAACAGGUCACCAAAUCAAGAUCUGAAGAAUUUGACGACUCAGUUGGUAAAGAAUUUGAAACAAGUCUUUCAUAUUUUGUUGAUGUAAAGCCAAAGCUAUGGCUGCCUGUUCACUUAGUUGAGGGUAGACUAUGCAAAGAGAUACAAACAAACCUCUGUUGCAUCCGCCAAGAAGCACAAAAGAUUAUUUUCCAUACUCAAUAAUGACUCCAAUAAGAGCAAUUACUAUAUCAAAUUAGCAAACACACAAACAAACAUGUG